AUGGAUGAAAACAGUACAGAGGAAGAUCAACCAGUGGAUGAAGAAAGAGAUUCAUCAAUGAAUGAUGAAGACAGUAAGACACAAAAUAGUGAAAAAGCAUAUAAAUUGGAAUUUAUGAAAGUGUGGUCUAAAAUUAAAUCUAUUAUCAUGUCUCAGAAAAGCCACAAGGAACUGGCCUUGGGAAGGUGUUCCCGAUCAAAAGAAGGACGCAUUCUAACGAAGCGCUUGUGCCAAGUUAGAUCGCCGGAGAGCUGGAGAGUAUUUUAUAAUGAAUACAAGUCUAAGCUCCUCAGGAGGGUAAAAAAACAAAAGGCCGAAAUUCAGGCUACAGGAGGUGGCCCCGCAGCUAACAUCACCUUGACACCAUUACAGGAGCGACUGUAUGAUAUUAUUGGUAGAGAUGUUGGGGAACCUCUAGAAGGUGUCCGUCACAAUCCCCUAUUUAGCCUAGAAGAUAAUGCUGGUGUUGGGGUGCAUGAAAUACCCUUUUCAGUACAUAACACACAGGCCCAAGCAGUGUCCUUUGAGGUGACUCCUUCUUUGGAGUCAGCAAGCUCUGCAAUAUUCGCUAGUGCUGUGGAGCCAGUAAUCUCCAUAGUGGACUCAGCUAACUCUACAGUACAAGCAAGUCAUGUGGAACUCAUUGGCACUGUGGAGCCUACUCCUCGUCCAUACAGCGGCUCUACACAUCGGCGACGUCGUAGACGUCGAAGUUUGGAGGGAUCUCAACCCCGAAGUGCACAUGAACCAACAAGUCGUUUAGAGGAGGCACAACGCAGGUUAGCCGAAAUGGAAAGCGAAAGGACAAUGGCUUUUACGGCUGCUUUGGACCGUCUGGCUACUACCAUUGGUCAGCCGUUGGAUCGUCUGGCCACUGUCAUUAGCCAACUUUUGCAAGUAUACCAUAGAAACAGCAGUGGUUCCCCGCCUCUGAGAAAAAGGGCCAGGAUUAUUAUCCCUUCAGAAUCUGACUCCGAUUAA